UUCUUGUUUCGGAAAUCGAUUAUAUCACCUUUGAAAGGGUGGAAUUCCAGGAACAAAAGAACCGAGUUUAGACUCAUGUAUGAAGACUGGGCAAUUGACUAUGUUAAGGUAUGUACGAAAUACGUUUAAGGGACCCAUCGUUUAUUACGUCUCGGGGGGGUCAGAGGCGGGGUACAAUUGUCUAAGAGGCUUGAUACAAUUGUCUAAGAGGCUUGAUUUUGGGGGGUCAAUUUUGAAAAUGCACAGAAUGUGAGGGGGGUCGAAAUAUUAAGACACAGGACUGGCCUUCUAUGUAAAAGCCGUCAAACUAUAUUAUGAUUGAAGCAAAUCCAUGUUUCCUUUAAAAGUAGACAAAAAAAAUACACUUUGGCGGUUCUUUGUCAGCAACAAAAUGUUACCGUAUAAAGCUUAGCCCAGGAACCUAUCAGCUCUUUCUCCUACCAGGAAUGAAGGUGCAUGUACGUACAUACGUCUAUGCAUACAGCCGAAAUCUGGGAAAAAUAUAAAUAGAUUUUUCAGAUUUUUUUUUAUUUCGUGAAAGCAUUUUUUUUUCAUUAAAUCGGGAUAAAUAUUUCGCAUUAUAUUGGCGUUUUUGUGUUAGGAUUUCCUUUAUCCUUCUACUAAUUAAGUAGAGUGAAAUGGAUCCGAAUGUGAAGCCACAGACCUGGGUUGAGACUUUUGACAAAGCCAACUCCAAUUCUAUUCCGGAGUAUACGUCACGUCUCUCAUAACUUUGUUGACUUAUCCCGUGUCAACGUACUGACAGCUGAGCGUAGCUUCAGCAGUAUGAAGAGACUGCAAACUCCUUUACGAAGGACCAUGACAGACGAGAGAUUGAGCUCUCUUGCAAUUCCGCAAAUGAGCACAAAGACGUAAAUGAUAUUGAUGGCAUAACUGAGUUUGCCUGUCUGAAGGGUACACAUCUCACCCUUUGCUUGUAACCUUCUUUAUUGCGUCACUGUUUUACCCUUUUUUUGCCGUAAACACUGUACCUUACCGAUAACUCUAGAGAUGGGUAAAAUAAACAACUAAUCACUGCAUUUUCCUUCGUCUUUAUUUACUAAGAAUGUCCGGCAGAAAACGCAGGAGAUGGCAUUUCCGAGACCCUAAAUUUGUAAAAAAGUUUCUGGGGGAGCAUUUCUCCAGACUCCCCCAGGUUCCCCCUUCGUCGUGCUAACUUUUCUUCCCCUGCGUGCACCCUGGGGAGCUGGGCUGGGGGGGAGGGGCUGCAUUCUAAAAUUGUUAUUACCAAGGGGUACAAUUUCCAUAUGUAAUUUUUUUUUUUUUUUUUGGGGGUAAAGUUUUGUAACACCACACUUUUUUGAAAACCCCCGCCCCCCCUCUGGGACGUAAUAAACGAUCGGUUCCUAAAUAUAAAUUGAUGCCAAUUAGGUCCAACAUUUCGUGGUUCUCCUCUUGUGAAAGUUUACAGUGAAACCCCGGGGGGGCACUUUAGAAACUUCUGGGUGGGGAUGUGCCGCUGGAACCCUUGAACCCUUGACCUAUACCAGAGCGAAGUUCAGCUGAAUUUUGCUACCCUAUACUAGAGUAAACUCCCAAAUCCCCCUAUCCUAGAGUAGCUGUUUCCCCAGUCUAGAUAAAAUCUUCAACCAACUGAUCAGUUUCCCGAAUAAUGAUACCCUAUUCUAGACCCAAACGCUCUGAUUUAUAUACCCUAUCCUAGAGUAAACUGCUUGAAAACCAUACCCUUCACAGCGGCACAUACCCAUACAGCCCAUAUAUGGCAGUACCCCCCCCGGGAGUGAAACCCCUCUCUACAGAUACCCGCUUAAUACUGACACCAGUAUAUAACGGACAACGGUUUCGUUUGUGCCGACGAAAAGUACAUUUUUUUGUAUAAAAUUAACCUACUUAAUACGGACACCGGUUAAUACAGAAAACUUGAUGGACACUUUUCUGUGUCCCGAAUCGCAGACUCUCGUAUACCGUCAACCUAUUUAUCUGUGCGCUGUCUUUGACUGUAUAUCGGACCAGUAAAGCAUCUCAGAAACAGCGAAUGACCUUUCAAACGUUUUAUCUAAAAAAUGUUCAGCCCAACUGGCUGAGUAGUAAACUAACAGCAUCAGUACCAAGUAAAGUCAAGGAUUCCUUUGGUUUAUUUCAAGACACUUGAUUGAAAGGUAGUUUUAGUCCGCUGACACUAUGAUAAAUGAUCGUGAGGUUUUUUUUAAUUUAGGAUGAUAUCUGCUUAUUGUAAGUCUUUAGGUCGAUGAAACAUGUGUCCAUUACGCUUUUUUUGCUGACAGCCCGCUUGAUACGAACACCCAUAUUUUCUCUUCGUUCCUUCCCAUGAGUCCAAGCGCAUCUCAACCUAGCCCCGAUCUUCUCUCACGGUUGUGACUAGAAUGCAUGGAUACCCCAAAGUCAGAUUGUCAUCUUCUCUCACCCCCGGCCAAAACACAUAUAAAUAGCGGCUGGGUACGAGUCUGACGAACAGUGGUUCAAUGGUUCAUUUAUUUCACAGUAUUUACAGAGAAUAACAUAGAAAGGAAAAUAUAAUUACAAUAGAUGAUUACAAAAAUAAAAUAAUUACAGCACGGGUUAUAAUAUGUGUGUGGUGGUCAUAGGAUAAAAAGCUUUCUAGUUAACCACCACCUACUUUCGAACACAACGAAGAAAUGACAGAAAGCUUUAGAAGGGAAUGUUUGUGGUGCCUAGGACUAGUGUACUGAGCUCUUUGAAGCGGAAUACUAAACCUAGCUGCUCUGAUGUUAUUCUGGCUUUUGAAGCCAUUGCAGGCUCACAGAGCUGCUCGCUUAUGUGUCUCUCGGAUAAUACAGACACUAUGGCAUGUCCCCUGGGUGUCCGCAUUAACCGCCGGGUUCCACUGUAAUAUACUCGACCAGUGACCAAUGUGACGUUUGCCUUUGAGCAUUGCUUUUCGCGAUAUUUUGUGCGAUUUCGCGUACAAAUUAUGCAAGCCCAUGACAGUUAUGUUUGAUGCAGCGGUUUUGAAUACCUUCACAAAGAAAACUGAAGGCAAGAUAUUGAAAUUAUCGACGUAACAGCUGAAACAGGUUUAAUAGGUCUUGAGCUUCACAAAAUGGGCUACACCAAUUAACACACACUGGAUAGUUCAAAUGAAGCAAGAAAGAAGGGGAUUUACACACAGUUCUGCCUUCCAAUCGACGAUCAGCGGUUUUUAGAGUUAAACACAGGAGAUUAUGACGCUCUUAUCUGUGUCAACGUGUUUGGAAAUAAUCACAUUCUUCCUUCAGCUUUGGCAGAAAUGUGUCGAAUUGUUGUGAAAGGUAAACUGCUAGUUUAUAGUCAUUGAUAUAAUUAAGUAAAACUUUAGGCAUGGUAAAGUUAAUGACGCCAUGCUGGCGGCGGAGAGCAAGGGACGGACUGGCACAAGACAAACACAGCGCUCACAUAUGUACCAUAUUAAUUUCCUUUGCUUGUCUUCUCUCAGUGCGUCUACAAUGAGGGACAAAAGUGUUGACACACUUCCGUAAAAUGGCCCCUUUUUGCAUAGUGGAUAUACUUAUCCCCUUCCCCUGUCUACCCCAACCCCUUCCCCCCAAAAUCAAUGUUGAAUUUUGGACCCUCAAGUCUUUUUUUUACUUCAGACAACAUUGAUUCGGGGGGUCGGGGGAUUUACGGCGUUUAAAAGGAAUGAAAUGAUAAAUGAAUUAAAUGUUUGUUAAAAGCACCCGUUUUAAACAAGUGUGUCAACUACUUUUGUCCCUGAUUGUCUGAAAUAUGUAUCUGUGUUUUCCGGCUAGAUUUCGGACGCUGCUGAAUUUUUGUGCGAUGACGUUACUCUAUGGACCAAAUUGUUUGUUUAUAAACAACAAUUUGAAAAGUUUGGUCCUGAUUUGUAGUAUACGUAGAGUAAAAUGUACGAAGCGUAUGUCAUUACUUAAUCUUGUACUCCCGCGCGCGUUCCUGAUACCCUGUCAGGUCGAGAGGAAAUCACUUGUGUUGUGAUCAAUGCCGCUGCUGCGGAUAUAAUUUUUUUACAAGCAUUAUCAAUAGUGGAAAAAGGAUGGAAACACUAAGGUACAAUGAAAAUUGUUCUGGUAAAUGGUUAACUGAAGCGAAUGAAGUACUGCAACAUGCAUUAUUGUUUACAUUGACUUUUGCCAUUAGUGAAAGGACGUGAACAAUAUACAGGUUAUGAACCUCAUAAAUGAUGAGCCAGUCGUUUGUGCUAUGCCCUAUAAAUAGAUGAUUUUUUUUUGGAGACCUUUUCAAAUCUAGCAGAUCCAAACCUUUAGCGUGUGUAGGCGUCGAACAGGUUAGACCAGGUUAGGAAUGUACUUUUGUAAUGAUUUUAGAUGACCGCCUGCCAUUUAUUAAGUGGCAUUUUUUUUUAUUGGUGUUGGGUGGACAACUAUUUCAUUUCCCAGCUCGUAAAUCACAGAAUACCAAAGAAAUUGUUUUCAAGAUAGACAAACCAGUUUGUAUCAUCGCCAAAACAGCAAUUACUUUGGCCCAGAAGUUCACUUGAUGAUAAGGAAAGCGGGAUAACACGUGAUCGAUGACGGCCGUGCUCUGGAAAAUCUUCCUUUUUUAUGCGCUAAAAAGGAAAAAGAAGAUUCCGCUAUGUAGCAAGUGCUUCGCAAUACGUAUUCUUGGCGAGAAAAAUUCCAGCGAUGUGGUGCAAAUAAGGAGUUUCAACGGUUAACCACGAGAAUACAUAUCGACAUUAAGAGGUCAUAACAGACUUAAUAUGUUACUUUCCGUUUGCCGAAACUUGGUUAACCGUUGUAACACGAAGGAAGCAGUGUUUUCCUCAGUUUGAGCUGUCGUUUUCUUUGAGAGUCAAAUACCAGUUCACGUUUCAAAGCUCUCUUUUAAUUUUCUCUCCCGACAAUAGACAACAACACAGGGUUUCGCUUGAGAAAUGCAGUCCAAAUACACAGACAUAUGCGCUCAUGUCACGCUAUUUACGUUGCGUUAUCAUGUCACACAGGGUGUCACGAGGUGGGAUUGAAAGUAAUUGUUUUCGUGUACACUUGCAAUGUUUGCUACGCAGUCCUUAGUUUUUAUUGAAUUGGCCAUGAAUUUACCUUCACUUUUCCGUAGUUUCGAUAUUGAACGCAGUGACGGCCGCUCUUCACUAACGUUCCAUAUUUCCGUGACUGGCCAGUGACUAUCUCCACUACGUGUCAAUCCUUACCCUACCCGUGAUUGUUUGCGCCUUAACAACCGGAUAAAGUGAAGAACGAGAAAUAUUCACUUUAUUAAAAACAUUUUCAGUACGCAUACCCUUGAAAUUCAUCAAAAGUUGUACAUGUGUGCGAGUUUCAGCGUCAGUUUUAGCAUGUAAACCAUAACGACGUUUAUUCUGGAUAUCGCAGCCCCUUUAUUACGUCAUCACGUAAUUGAAUUGGCCCUAUAAUUCGGUCGUGAAUAAGUCAAUGUCACCCCAUCACCAAUAACAUAAUUAUGUCAUUGAUUCAUUUAAUUUCAGUUAAAAUCAGUGUCAUAUACGGCUCAACUUGUGUGCAGUAGCACAAUUUUGCAUUCAGACAAUGAGGGACAAAAGUGUUGACACACUUCCGUAAAAUGGUCCCUUUUUGCAUAGUGGAUAUACUUAUCCCCUUCCUCUGUCAACCCCAACCUCUUCCCCCCAAAAUCAAUGUUGAAUUUUGGACCCUCAAGUCUUUUUUUACUUCAGACAACAUUGAUUCGUGGGGUCGGGGGAUUUACGGCGUUUAAAAGGAAUGAAAUAAUAAAUGACUUAAAUGUUUGUUAAAAGCACCCGUUUUAAACAAGUGUGUCAACUACUUUUGUCCCUGAUUGUCUGAAAUAUGUAUCUGUGUUUUCCGGGUAGAUUUUGGACGCUGCUGAAUUUUUGUGCGAUGACGUUACUCUAUGGGCCAAAUUGUUUGUUUAUAAACAACAAUUUGAAAAGUUUGGUCCUGAUUUGUAGUAUACGUAGAGUAAAAUGUACGAAGCGUAUGUCAUUACUUAAUAUUGUACUCCCGCGCGCGUUCCUGAUACCCUGUCAGGUCGAGAGGAAAUCACUUGUGUUGUGAUCAAUGCCGCUGCUGCGGAUAUAAUUUUUUUACAAGCAUUAUCAAUAGUGGAAAAAGGAUGGAAACACUAAGGUACAAUGAAAAUUGUUCUGGAAAAUGGUUAACUGAAGCGAAUGAAGUACUGCAACAUGCAUUAUUGUUUACAUUGACUUUUGCCAUUAGUGAAAGGACGUGAACAAUAUACAGGUUAUGAACCUCAUAAAUGAUGAGCCAGUCGUUUGUGCUAUGCCCUAUAAAGAAAUGAUUUUUUUUGGAGACCUUUUCAAAUCUAGCAGAUCCAAACCUUUAGCGUGUGUAGGCGUCGAACAGGUUAGACCAGGUUAGGAAUGUACUUUUGUAAUGAUUCUAGAUGACCGCCUGCCAUUUAUUCAGUGGCAUUUUUUUUUUAUGGUGUUGGGUGGACAACUAUUUCAUUUCCCAGCUCGUAAAUCACAGAAUACCAAAGAAAUUGUUUUCAAGAUAGACACACCAGUUUGUAUCAUCGCCAAAACAGCAAUUACUUUGGCCCAGAAGUUCACUUGAUGACAAGGAAAGCGGGAUAACACGUGAUCGAUGACGGCCGUGCUCUGGAAAAUCUUCCUUUUUAUGCGCUAAUUCCUCACAAAAGGCAAAAGAAGAUUCCGCUAUGUAGAAAGUGCUUCGCAAUACGUAUUCUUGGCGAGAAAAAUUCCAGCGAUGUGGUGCAAAUAAGGAGUUUCAACGGUUAACCACGAGAAUACAUAUCGACAUUAAGAGGUCAUAACAGACUUAAUAUGUUACUUUCCGUUUGCCGAAACUUGGUUAACCGUUGUAACACGAAGGAAGCAGUGUUUUCCUCAGUUUGAGCUGUCGUUUUCUUUGAGAGUCAAAUACCAGUUCACGUUUCAAAGCUAUCUUUUCAUUUUGUCUCCCGACAAUAGACAACAACACAGGGUUUCGCUUGAGAAAUGCAGUCCAAAUACACAGACAUAUGCGCUCAUGUCACGCUAUUUACGUUGCGUUAUCAUGUCACACAGGGUGUCACGAGGUGGGAUUGAAAGUAAUUGUUUUCGUGUACACUUGCAAUGUUUGCUACGCAGUCCUUAGUUUUUUAUUGAAUUGGCCAUGAAUUUACCUUCACUUUUCCGUAGUUUCGAUAUUGAACGCAGUGACGGCCGCUCUUCACUAACGUUCCAUAUUUCCGUGACUGGCCAGUGACUAUCUCCACUACGUGUCAAUCCUUACCCUACCCGUGAUUGUUUGCGCCUUAACAACCGGAUAAAGUGAAGAACGAGAAAUAUUCACUUUAUUAAAAACAUUUUCAGUACGCAUACCCUUGAAAUUCAUCAAAAGUUGUACAUGUGUGCGAGUUUCAGCGUCAGUUUUUAGCAUGUAAACCAUAACGACGUUUAUUCUGGAUAUCGCAGCCCCUUUAUUACGUCAUCACGUAAUUGGAAUUGGCCCUAUAAUUCGGUCGUGAAUAAGUCAAUGUCACCCCCACCACCAAUAACAUAAUUAUGUCAUUGAUUCCUUUAAUUUCAGUUAAAAUCAAUGUCAUACACGGCUCAACUUGUGUGCAGUAGCACAAUUUUGCAUUCAGACAAUGAGGGACAAAAGUGUUGACACACUUCCGUAAAAUGGCCCCUUUUUGCAUAGUGGAUAUACUUAUCCCCUUCCCCUGUCUACCCCAACCCCUUCCCCCCAAAAUCAAUGUUGAAUUUUGGACCCUCAAGUCUUUUUUUACUUCAGACAACAUUGAUUCGGGGGGUGGGGGGAUUUACGGCGUUUAAAAGGAAUGAAAUAAUAAAUGAAUUAAAUGUUUGUUAAAAGCACCCGUUUUAAACAAGUGUGUCAACUACUUUUGUCCCUGAUUGUAGAUUUGAAAAGGUCUCCAAAAAAAAAUCAUUUAUUUAUAGGGCAUAGCACAAACGACUGGCUCAUCAUUUAUGAGGUUCAUAACCUGUAUAUUGUUCACGUCCUUUCACUAAUGGCAAAAGUCAAUGUAAACAAUAAUGCAUGUUGCAGUACUUCAUUCGCUUCAGUUAACCAUUUACCAGAACAAUUUUCAUUGUACCUUAGUGUUUCCAUCCUUUUUCCACUAUGGAUAAUGCUUGUAAAAAAAUUAUAUCCGCAGCAGCGGCAUUGAUCACAACACAAGUGAUUUCCUCUCGACCUGACAGGGUAUCAGGAACGCGCGCGGGAGUACAAGAUUAAGUAAUGACAUACGCUUCGUACAUUUUACUCUACGUAUACUACAAAUCAGGACCAAACUUUUCAAAUUGUUGUUUAUAAACAAACAAUUUGGUCCAUAGAGUAACGUCAUCGCACAAAAAUUCAGCAGCGUCCGAAAUCUAGCCGGAAAACACAGAUACAUAUUUCAGACAAUCAGGGACAAAAGUAGUUGACACACUUGUUUAAAACGGGUGCUUUUAACAAACAUUUAAUUCAUUUAUUAUUUCAUUCCUUUUAAACGCCGUAAAUCCCCUCACCCCCCGAAUCAAUGUUGUCUGAAGUAAAAAAAAGACUUGAGGGUCCAAAAUUCAACAUUGAUUUUGGGGGGAAGGGGUUGGGGUAGACAGGGGAAGGGGAUAAGUAUAUCCACUAUGCAAAAAGGGGCCAUUUUACGGAAGUGUGUCAACACUUUUGUCCCUCAUUGUAGCAGAUCCAAACCUUUAGCGUGUGUAGGCGUCGAACAGGUUAGACCAGGUUAGGAAUGUACUUUUGUAAUGAUUCUAGAUGACCGCCUGCCAUUUAUUCAGUGGCAUUUUUUUUAUUGGUGUUGGGUGGACAACUAUUUCAUUUCCCAGCUCGUAAAUCACAGAAUACCAAAGACAUUGUUUUCAAGAUAGACACACCAGUUUGUAUCAUCGCCAAAACAGCAAUUACUUUGGCCCAGAAGUUCACUUGAUGACAAGGAAAGCGGGAUAACACGUGAUCGAUGACGGCCGUGCUCUGGAAAAUCUUCCUUUUUUAUGCGCUAAUUCCUCACAAAAGGCAAAAGAAGAUUCCGCUAUGUAGAAAGUGCUUCGCAAUACGUAUUCUUGGCGAGAAAAAUUCCAGCGAUGUGGUGCAAAUAAGGAGUUUCAACGGUUAACCACGAGAAUACAUAUCGACAUUAAGAGGUCAUAACAGACUUAAUAUGUUACUUUCCGUUUGCCGAAACUUGGUUAACCGUUGUAACACGAAGGAAGCAGUGUUUUCCUCAGUUUGAGCUGUCGUUUUCUUUGAGAGUCAAAUACCAGUUCACGUUUCAAAGCUCUCUUUUCAUUUUGUCUCCCGACAAUAGACAACAACACAGGGUUUCGCUUGAGAAAUGCAGUCCAAAUACACAGACAUAUGCGCUCAUGUCACGCUAUUUACGUUGCGUUAUCAUGUCACACAGGGUGUCACGAGGUGGGAUUGAAAGUAAUUGUUUUCGUGUACACUUGCAAAUGUUUGCUACGCAGUCCUUAGUUUUUUAUUGAAUUGGCCAUGAAUUUACCUUCACUUUUCCGUAGUUUCGAUAUUGAACGCAGUGACGGCCGCUCUUCACUAACGUUCCAUAUUUCCGUGACUGGCCAGUGACUAUCUCCACUACGUGUCAAUCCUUACCCUACCCGUGAUUGUUUGCGCCUUAACAACCGGAUAAAGUGAAGAACGAGAAAUAUUCACUUUAUUAAAAACAUUUUCAGUACGCAUACCCUUGAAAUUCAUCAAAAGUUGUACAUGUGUGCGAGUUUCAGCGUCAGUUUUAAGCAUGUAAACCAUAACGACGUUUAUUCUGGAUAUCGCAGCCCCUUUAUUACGUCAUCACGUAAUUGGAAUUGGCCCUAUAAUUCGGUCGUGAAUAAGUCAAUGUCACCCCACCACCAAUAACAUAAUUAUGUCAUUGAUUCCUUUAAUUUCAGUUAAAAUCAAUGUCAUACACGGCUCAACUUGUGUGCAGUAGCACAAUUUUGCAUUCAGACAAUGAGGGACAAAAAGUGUGUUGACACACUUCCGUAAAAUGGCCCCUUUUUGCAUAGUGGAUAUACUUAUCCCCUUCCCCUGUCUACCCCAACCCCUUCCCCCAAAAUCAAUGUUGAAUUUUGGACCCUCAAGUCUUUUUUUUUCAGACAACAUUGAUUCGGGGGUCGGGGGAUUUACGGCGUUUAAAAGGAAUGAAAUAAUAAAUGAAUUAAAUGUUUGUUAAAAGCACCCGUUUUAAACAAGUGUGUCAACUACUUUUGUCCCUGAUUGUCUGAAAUAUGUAUCUGUGUUUUCCGGCUAGAUUUCGGACGCUGCUGAAUUUUUGUGCGAUGACGUUAUUUAUGGACCAAAUUGUUUGUUUAUAAACAACAAUUUGAAAAGUUUGGUCCUGAUUUGUAGUAUACGUAGAGUAAAAUGUACGAAGCGUAUGUCAUUACUUAAUCUUGUACUCCCGCGCGUUCCUGAUACCCUGUCAGGUCGAGAGGAAAUCACUUGUGUUGUGAUCAAUGCCGCUGCUGCGGAUAUAAUUUUUUUUACAAGCAUUAUCAAUAGUGGAAAAGGAUGGAAACACUAAGGUACAAUGAAAAUUGUUCUGGUAAAUGGUUAACUGAAGCGAAUGAAGUACUGCAACAUGCAUUAUUGUUUACAUUGACUUUUGCCAUUAGUGAAAGGACGUGAACAAUAUACAGGUUAUGAACCUCAUAAAUGAUGAGCCAGUCGUUUGUGCUAUGCCCUAUAAAUAAAUGAUUUUUUUUUUGGAGACCUUUUCAAAUCUAGCAGAUCCAAACCUUUAGCGUGUGUAGGCGUCGAACAGGUUAGACCAGGUUAGGAAUGUACUUUUGUAAUGAUUCUAGAUGACCGCCUGCCAUUUAUUCAGUGGCAUUUUUUUUUAUUGGUGUUGGGUGGACAACUAUUUCAUUUCCCAGCUCGUAAAUCACAGAAUACCAAAGAAAUUGUUUUCAAGAUAGACACACCAGUUUGUAUCAUCGCCAAAACAGCAAUUACUUUGGCCCAGAAGUUCACUUGAUGACAAGGAAAGCGGGAUAACACGUGAUCGAUGACGGCCGUGCUCUGGAAAAUCUUCCUUUUUAUGCGCUAAUUCCUCACAAAAGGCAAAAGAAGAUUCCGCUAUGUAGAAAGUGCUUCGCAAUACGUAUUCUUGGCGAGAAAAAUUCCAGCGAUGUGGUGCAAAUAAGGAGUUUCAACGGUUAACCACGAGAAUACAUAUCGACAUUAAGAGGUCAUAACAGACUUAAUAUGUUACUUUCCGUUUGCCGAAACUUGGUUAACCGUUGUAACACGAAGGAAGCAGUGUUUUCCUCAGUUUGAGCUGUCGUUUUCUUUGAGAGUCAAAUACCAGUUCACGUUUCAAAGCUCUCUUUUCAUUUUGUCUCCCGACAAUAGACAACAACACAGGGUUUCGCUUGAGAAAUGCAGUCCAAAUACACAGACAUAUGCGCUCAUGUCACGCUAUUUACGUUGCGUUAUCAUGUCACACAGGGUGUCACGAGGUGGGAUUGAAAGUAAUUGUUUUCGUGUACACUUGCAAUGUUUGCUACGCAGUCCUUAGUUUUUUAUUGAAUUGGCCAUGAAUUUACCUUCACUUUUCCGUAGUUUCGAUAUUGAACGCAGUGACGGCCGCUCUUCACUAACGUUCCAUAUUUCCGUGACUGGCCAGUGACUAUCUCCACUACGUGUCAAUCCUUACCCUACCCGUGAUUGUUUGCGCCUUAACAACCGGAUAAAGUGAAGAACGAGAAAUAUUCACUUUAUUAAAAACAUUUUCAGUACGCAUACCCUUGAAAUUCAUCAAAAGUUGUACAUGUGUGCGAGUUUCAGCGUCAGUUUUUAAGCAUGUAAACCAUAACGACGUUUAUUCUGGAUAUCGCAGCCCCUUUAUUACGUCAUCACGUAAUUUGGAAUUGGCCCUAUAAUUCGGUCGUGAAUAAGUCAAUGUCACCCCCACCACCAAUAACAUAAUUAUGUCAUUGAUUCCUUUAAUUUCAGUUAAAAUCAAUGUCAUACACGGCUCAACUUGUGUGCAGUAGCACAAUUUUGCAUUCAGACAAUGAGGGACAAAAGUGUUGACACACUUCCGUAAAAUGGCCCCUUUUGCAUAGUGGAUAUACUUAUCCCUUCCCUGUCUACCCCAACCCCUUCCCCCCAAAAUCAAUGUUGAAUUUUGGACCCUCAAGUCUUUUUUUUACUUCAGACAACAUUGAUUCGGGGGGUCGGGGGAUUUACGGCGUUUAAAAGGAAUGAAAUAAUAAAUGAAUUAAAUGUUUGUUAAAAGCACCCGUUUUAAACAAGUGUGUCAACUACUUUUGUCCCUGAUUGUCUGAAAUAUGUAUCUGUGUUUUCCGGCUAGAUUUCGGACGCUGCUGAAUUUUUGUGCGAUGACGUUAUUUAUGGACCAAAUUGUUUGUUUAUAAACAACAAUUUGAAAAGUUUGGUCCUGAUUUGUAGUAUACGUAGAGUAAAAUGUACGAAGCGUAUGUCAUUACUUAAUCUUGUACUCCCGCGCGCGUUCCUGAUACCCUGUCAGGUCGAGAGGAAAUCACUUGUGUUAGAUCAAUGCCGCUGCUGCGGAUAUAAUUUUUUUACAAGCAUUAUCAAUAGUGGAAAAAGGAUGGAAACACUAAGGUACAAUGAAAAUUGUUCUGGUAAAUGGUUAACUGAAGCGAAUGAAGUACUGCAACAUGCAUUAUUGUUUACAUUGACUUUUGCCAUUAGUGAAAGGACGUGAACAAUAUACAGGUUAUGAACCUCAUAAAUGAUGAGCCAGUCGUUUGUGCUAUGCCCUAUAAAUAAAUGAUUUUUUUUUGGAGACCUUUUCAAAUCUAGCAGAUCCAAACCUUUAGCGUGUGUAGGCGUCGAACAGGUUAGACCAGGUUAGGAAUGUACUUUUGUAAUGAUUCUAGAUGACCGCCUGCCAUUUAUUCAGUGGCAUUUUUUUUAUUGGUGUUGGGUGGACAACUAUUUCAUUUCCCAGCUCGUAAAUCACAGAAUACCAAAGAAAUUGUUUUCAAGAUAGACACACCAGUUUGUAUCAUCGCCAAAACAGCAAUUACUUUGGCCCAGAAGUUCACUUGAUGACAAGGAAAGCGGGAUAACACGUGAUCGAUGACGGCCGUGCUCUGGAAAAUCUUCCUUUUUUAUGCGCUAAUUCCUCACAAAAGGCAAAAGAAGAUUCCGCUAUGUAGAAAGUGCUUCGCAAUACGUAUUCUUGGCGAGAAAAAUUCCAGCGAUGUGGUGCAAAUAAGGAGUUUCAACGGUUAACCACGAGAAUACAUAUCGACAUUAAGAGGUCAUAACAGACUUAAUAUGUUACUUUCCGUUUGCCGAAACUUGGUUAACCGUUGUAACACGAAGGAAGCAGUGUUUUCCUCAGUUUGAGCUGUCGUUUUCUUUGAGAGUCAAAUACCAGUUCACGUUUCAAAGCUCUCUUUUCAUUUUGUCUCCCGACAAUAGACAACAACACAGGGUUUCGCUUGAGAAAUGCAGUCCAAAUACACAGACAUAUGCGCUCAUGUCACGCUAUUUACGUUGCGUUAUCAUGUCACACAGGGUGUCACGAGGUGGGAUUGAAAGUAAUUGUUUUCGUGUACACUUGCAAUGUUUGCUACGCAGUCCUUAGUAUUUUUAUUGAAUUGGCCAUGAAUUUACCUUCACUUUUCCGUAGUUUCGAUAUUGAACGCAGUGACGGCCGCUCUUCACUAACGUUCCAUAUUUCCGUGACUGGCCAGUGACUAUCUCCACUACGUGUCAAUCCUUACCCUACCCGUGAUUGUUUGCGCCUUAACAACCGGAUAAAGUGAAGAACGAGAAAUAUUCACUUUAUUAAAAACAUUUUCAGUACGCAUACCCUUGAAAUUCAUCAAAAGUUGUACAUGUGUGCGAGUUUCAGCGUCAGUUUUUAGCAUGUAAACCAUAACGACGUUUAUUCUGGAUAUCGCAGCCCCUUUAUUACGUCAUCACGUAAUUGAAUUGGCCCUAUAAUUCGGUCGUGAAUAAGUCAAUGUCACCCCACCACCAAUAACAUAAUUAUGUCAUUGAUUCCUUUAAUUUCAGUUAAAAUCAAUGUCAUACACGGCUCAACUUGUGUGCAGUAGCACAAUUUUGCAUUCAGACAAUGAGGGACAAAAGUGUUGACACACUUCCGUAGAAUGGCCCCUUUUUGCAUAGUGUAUAUACUUAUCCCCUCUCCAUGUCUACCCCAACCCCUUCCCCCCAAAAUCAAUGUUGAAUUUUGGACCGUGAAGUCUUUUUUUUAACUUCAGACAACAUUGAUUCGGGGGGUCGGGGGAUUUACGGUGUUUAAAAGAAAUGAAAUAAUAAAUAAAUUACAUGUUUGUUAAAAGCACCCGUUUUAAACAAGUGUGUCAACUACUUUUGUCCCUGAUUGUCUGAAAUAUGUAUCUGUGUUUUUGCGGCUAGAUUUUUGACGCUGCUGAAUUUUUGUGCGAUGACGUUACUCUAUGGGCCGAAUUUUUUGUUUUUAAACAUCAAUUUAUAGAGUUUCGUCCUGAUUUGUAGUAUACGUAGAGUAAAAUGUACGAAGCGUUUGUCAUUACUUAAUCUUGUACUCCCGCGCGCGUUCCUGAUACCCUGUCGGGUCGAGACGAAAUGAUUUGUGUUGUGAUCAAUGCCGCUGCUGCGGAUAUAAUUUUUUUACAAGCAUUAUCAAUAGUGGAAAAAGGAUGGAAACACUAAGGUACAAUGAAAAUUGUUCUGGUAAAUGGUUAACUGAAGCGAAUGAAGUACUGCAACAUGCAUUAUUGUUUACAUUGACUUUUGCCAUUAGUGAAAGGACGUGAACAAUAUACAGGUUAUGAACCUCAUAAAUGAUGAGCCAGUCGUUUGUGCUAUGCCCUAUAAAUAAAUGAUUUUUUUUUGGAGACCUUUUCAAAUCUAGCAGAUCCAAACCUUUAGCGUGUGUAGGCGUCGAACAGGUUAGACCAGGUUAGGAAUGUACUUUUGUAAUGAUUCUAGAUGACCGCCUGCCAUUUAUUCAGUGGCAUUUUUUUUAUUGGUGUUGGGUGGACAACUAUUUCAUUUCCCAGCUCGUAAAUCACAGAAUACCAAAGAAAUUGUUUUCAAGAUAGACACACCAGUUUGUAUCAUCGCCAAAACAGCAAUUACUUUGGCCCAGAAGUUCACUUGAUGACAAGGAAAGCGGGAUAACACGUGAUCGAUGACGGCCGUGCUCUGGAAAAUCUUCCUUUUUUAUGCGCUAAUUCCUCACAAAAGGCAAAAGAAGAUUCCGCUAUGUAGAAAGUGCUUCGCAAUACGUAUUCUUGGCGAGAAAAAUUCCAGCGAUGUGGUGCAAAUAAGGAGUUUCAACGGUUAACCACGAGAAUACAUAUCGACAUUAAGAGGUCAUAACAGACUUAAUAUGUUACUUUCCGUUUGCCGAAACUUGGUUAACCGUUGUAACACGAAGGAAGCAGUGUUUUCCUCAGUUUGAGCUGUCGUUUUCUUUGAGAGUCAAAUACCAGUUCACGUUUCAAAGCUCUCUUUUCAUUUUGUCUCCCGACAAUAGACAACAACACAGGGUUUCGCUUGAGAAAUGCAGUCCAAAUACACAGACAUAUGCGCUCAUGUCACGCUAUUUACGUUGCGUUAUCAUGUCACACAGGGUGUCACGAGGUGGGAUUGAAAGUAAUUGUUUUCGUGUACACUUGCAAUGUUUGCUACGCAGUCCUUAGUUUUUUAUUGAAUUGGCCAUGAAUUUACCUUCACUUUUCCGUAGUUUCGAUAUUGAACGCAGUGACGGCCGCUCUUCACUAACGUUCCAUAUUUCCGUGACUGGCCAGUGACUAUCUCCACUACGUGUCAAUCCUUACCCUACCCGUGAUUGUUUGCGCCUUAACAACCGGAUAAAGUGAAGAACGAGAAAUAUUCACUUUAUUAAAAACAUUUUCAGUACGCAUACCCUUGAAAUUCAUCAAAAGUUGUACAUGUGUGCGAGUUUCAGCGUCAGUUUUUAGCAUGUAAACCAUAACGACGUUUAUUCUGGAUAUCGCAGCCCCUUUAUUACGUCAUCACGUAAUUGGAAUUGGCCCUAUAAUUCGGUCGUGAAUAAGUCAAUGUCACCCCCACCACCAAUAACAUAAUUAUGUCAUUGAUUCCUUUAAUUUCAGUUAAAAUCAAUGUCAUACACGGCUCAACUUGUGUGCAGUAGCACAAUUUUGCAUUCAGACAAUGAGGGACAAAAGUGUUGACACACUUCCGUAAAAUGGCCCCUUUUUGCAUAGUGGAUAUACUUAUCCCCUUCCCCUGUCUACCCCAACCCCUUCCCCCCAAAAUCAAUGUUGAAUUUUGGACCCUCAAGUCUUUUUUUUACUUCAGACAACAUUGAUUCGGGGGGUCGGGGGAUUUACGGCGUUUAAAAGGAAUGAAAUAAUAAAUGAAUUAAAUGUUUGUUAAAAGCACCCGUUUUAAACAAGUGUGUCAACUACUUUUGUCCCUGAUUGUCUGAAAUAUGUAUCUGUGUUUUCCGGCUAGAUUUCGGACGCUGCUGAAUUUUUGUGCGAUGACGUUACUCUAUGGACCAAAUUGUUUGUUUAUAAACAACAAUUUGAAAAGUUUGGUCCUGAUUUGUAGUAUACGUAGAGUAAAAUGUACGAAGCGUAUGUCAUUACUUAAUCUUGUACUCCCGCGCGCGUUCCUGAUACCCUGUCAGGUCGAGAGGAAAUCACUUGUGUUGUGAUCAAUGCCGCUGCUGCGGAUAUAAUUUUUUUACAAGCAUUAUCAAUAGUGGAAAAAGGAUGGAAACACUAAGGUACAAUGAAAAUUGUUCUGGAAAAUGGUUAACUGAAGCGAAUGAAGUACUGCAACAUGCAUUAUUGUUUACAUUGACUUUUGCCAUUAGUGAAAGGACGUGAACAAUAUACAGGUUAUGAACCUCAUAAAUGAUGAGCCAGUCGUUUGUGCUAUGCCCUAUAAAGAAAUGAUUUUUUUUUGGAGACCUUUUCAAAUCUAGCAGAUCCAAACCUUUAGCGUGUGUAGGCGUCGAACAGGUUAGACCAGGUUAGGAAUGUACUUUUGUAAUGAUUCUAGAUGACCGCCUGCCAUUUAUUCAGUGGCAUUUUUUUUAUUGGUGUUGGGUGGACAACUAUUUCAUUUCCCAGCUCGUAAAUCACAGAAUACCAAAGAAAUUGUUUUCAAGAUAGACACACCAGUUUGUAUCAUCGCCAAAACAGCAAUUACUUUGGCCCAGAAGUUCACUUGAUGACAAGGAAAGCGGGAUAACACGUGAUCGAUGACGGCCGUGCUCUGGAAAAUCUUCCUUUUUUAUGCGCUAAUUCCUCACAAAAGGCAAAAGAAGAUUCCGCUAUGUAGAAAGUGCUUCGCAAUACGUAUUCUUGGCGAGAAAAAUUCCAGCGAUGUGGUGCAAAUAAGGAGUUUCAACGGUUAACCACGAGAAUACAUAUCGACAUUAAGAGGUCAUAACAGACUUAAUAUGUUACUUUCCGUUUGCCGAAACUUGGUUAACCGUUGUAACACGAAGGAAGCAGUGUUUUCCUCAGUUUGAGCUGUCGUUUUCUUUGAGAGUCAAAUACCAGUUCACGUUUCAAAGCUCUCUUUUCAUUUUGUCUCCCGACAAUAGACAACAACACAGGGUUUCGCUUGAGAAAUGCAGUCCAAAUACACAGACAUAUGCGCUCAUGUCACGCUAUUUACGUUGCGUUAUCAUGUCACACAGGGUGUCACGAGGUGGGAUUGAAAGUAAUUGUUUUCGUGUACACUUGCAAUGUUUGCUACGCAGUCCUUAGUUUUUUAUUGAAUUGGCCAUGAAUUUACCUUCACUUUUCCGUAGUUUCGAUAUUGAACGCAGUGACGGCCGCUCUUCACUAACGUUCCAUAUUUCCGUGACUGGCCAGUGACUAUCUCCACUACGUGUCAAUCCUUACCCUACCCGUGAUUGUUUGCGCCUUAACAACCGGAUAAAGUGAAGAACGAGAAAUAUUCACUUUAUUAAAAACAUUUUCAGUACGCAUACCCUUGAAAUUCAUCAAAAGUUGUACAUGUGUGCGAGUUUCAGCGUCAGUUUUUAGCAUGUAAACCAUAACGACGUUUAUUCUGGAUAUCGCAGCCCCUUUAUUACGUCAUCACGUAAUUGGAAUUGGCCCUAUAAUUCGGUCGUGAAUAAGUCAAUGUCACCCCCACCACCAAUAACAUAAUUAUGUCAUUGAUUCCUUUAAUUUCAGUUAAAAUCAAUGUCAUACACGGCUCAACUUGUGUGCAGUAGCACAAUUUUGCAUUCAGACAAUGAGGGACAAAAGUGUUGACACACUUCCGUAAAAUGGCCCCUUUUUGCAUAGUGGAUAUACUUAUCCCCUUCCUCUGUCUACCCCAACCCCUUCCCCCCAAAAUCAAUGUUGAAUUUUGGACCCUCAAGUCUUUUUUUUACUUCAGACAACAUUGAUUCGGGGGGUCGGGGGAUUUACGGCGUUCAAAAGGAAUGAAAUAAUAAAUGAAUUAAAUGUUUGUUAAAAGCACCCGUUUUAAACAAGUGUGUCAACUACUUUUGUCCCUGAUUGUAGCUCUUGCUCACGAGCUUGAUGGUUUUUUACCACGUGAGUGACGAGCUGCAGAGAAGUACUACGUUUACGAAAAACGGCUAAUUGCAGUGCUGACCACGUGCUUAUUUUUUCCCGCCUUUUUAUUUUUUGUUUUCUGUCUUCAGCGAAAAAAGUUUGUUUUCACGGACACGGUAGGGAUCGUAAUGAGGAAGUCCGAAAACUACAUACUUAAACACACGUGUAGUGUAGCGUGAGCUAACUAGGGGGGUCCGGGGGCAGGCUCCCCCGGGAAAAUUUGAAAUUGAAGUCUUCUGAAAUGGCUAGAAAUGGAUCUAAAACUGCCAAAACUGAAGUUCAUUUUUAAUUCUUAUAAAACAACGAGUAACAAACUGGCCUUCACGUUUGACCAAAUUUAAAUGAAUAGACUAACUUCUAAGCAAAACCCAACAGACGCAACGGAUGAGUGUCACCCGUACAUUUUUAAGUGGGAUUCUUUAAAGGCGCCAAAGUUGCUUUUUCGAUUUUCAUUGAGAGCUGCAAACUCAUUGGCAACAUCUAUAAGACAAAGUUUGUCUGUUCUCUGCUUGUGGGUAUUAAGUAUUGUCAGAUUGCUAAAUUUGUUUGUGUCAUCGUCGAGCGUAGCCACGUUUUCAGUCUCCGAGCAGAAGAAAAGGAUCUCUCGCCUGCUGCACUGAUUGCUGGAUUUACAAGACGAAGCUUACAUAGGGUUAUGAUUUCAGUUAUCAUACACUUUUCGGCUUUAGAAAGCUGCUUGAUCUUGGCUAAAAUGUCAUCAAAACAGGCAAAUUCUCCGUCCUUCAUCAACACCUUAAAUAUUUCCAGUUGAACAUUCAACGUUGUAACAUCAACCUGCGUGUAGUUAUGGCCGCAGUUAUGGCCAUUUACAUGAGGUCAUUUCAAUUUGAGAGGCUCAGUUAAUUUUUCAUAACCUGCUAUUCCAAUUUAUGGUAGUAAUGUUGAGCUAAAACGUUUCCAAACACUUGAUGGCAGUUUCAUCCUGUGUCAGUCUAGACUGUCUUAGGUAGAGUGAUUAACGCAGAAUUCCUGAUGUAGUAGACUGGAUAUAGAAUAUAGGAUCGAGAACCAGAGAAGACACAAAAGAAGAUCAGAUAGUAGGGGGCCCAGAUCAUCCGGACCUUGAAAUAAGGUGUGGGAGGGGGGAGAAUCUGCCUGUCCCUGGGGCCCUUUGGUGGAUCUGAAAAUAAGGGGGUGGGUCUCUCCCAGGCCUCUCUCCUAGUUCCGCCACUGAAAAGCGUUUUAUUUCUUUCACUGGCAAAGUUGACCAAAGUCAAAAUCCAACUGAAUAAUUUCGUUUUGUAAAAUGCUGAAAAACAAAUACAUAUGUUGUAGUUAAUUUUUUCUCUCAGGUAAUUUUUAUUUUUCCUUUGUUUCAACCUCGUUAGCAUACAUUAUCAUACCCAAUAACUAAAGAAAAACAAAAAUUACCUGAGAUAAAAAAUUAACUACAACACAUACCCUAUGAAAGUACUGCCAAAGAAGUUUCAUUUGAAUGAUAACACCAAAGAAUUUGUUUUUAUAGACUCAAACGGUAGAAACCAAAACUUGACUAUUAAGACCUCUAAUCUCUUUUGUGUUUUACAUUCUAUUAGGGGGGUCUUCGUUUCUUUGAUAUCAGAGAGCAGUGUAUGGAGGAAUGGGAAAAUAAACUGAAGGAGAUGGAAAUGGAAGGAAUUUGGGAAACUGUUACAAAAGAAAAAUUGCCAGUGGACGACGAUGAUAAGACAAAUGCGUUUGUGUUUAAGCUCCUUUGA